CAGUCUUCGCUGAUGCGAUCGCAGUCGCGAGCCCGAACCUCGGAGGUGCAAAGGGGUAUGCUACACAUACGCCUGGACACCCUUAGCAACGACCUAGCAACCGGCAAGAGGUCUACCGGGGUGGUUAUAGGCCCGGAGGCAACAUGUGUAGUCUGUGACAACGAUUUCCAUGUCAACUAUAUCCAAGAUGAGAUUGUCUGGUUGCCUAGCAACGGCAAAUGUGCGCACAGAGAAUGCAUCCCGGCUUCGGUGCGUGGUUACGGAGACGUCUGAGCGCAAACGUAGUCAGAGCAUGUGAUGGUUUUAGGGUUUUAGGAUGAAUUGGGUAGUACUGAUGGGCGUUGAUGGGCUUUUGACAUUAGUCCACGUUAUAUUGAUCCAAUUUAUAUUAGUCCAUUCCGGGAAAUCGGUGUUGUAAAGGUGGAGAGCAAUGACAUGGUCACUAUCGGAGGAUUGAGCGUUGUAUGUACCAACACCCAACCAUAUACACCCAGCAAGUGUCUAGGCAGUUUCGGCUUCUGGGCUAGAGUAGCAUGGAGUGUUUUAGGGUCCUAGGUUUUAGGAUCGAUUGAAUCGUCUCCGUAAGGAAACGUCACUCGGCGUGCACAAGGACAGGUUACAGGCUACUAUAAGUAAUUGGCUAAAAUUCAAACCUAAUAUAUCCGCCAACUAUGCCAGCCAUGUGUUUUCUGUGUUUAAGAGGGUACGUGUGUACCGAAAUUUUUUAUUCGAGAUAUGUCUCCAUCCAAAUACUGUGGCAAAUCGUGCUUCCCAAUUGCAUAUAAACGUAUCAGUUCCAGUUGUUGUCGAGCACUUUGGACCAUUUCCCCACUAGUUACUUCAAUUCUAGAUGGUAUGUACCUAAUUGAUUCAGUUAUCUAUCCAAAUACAGCGCCAAAUCCUGCCUGCAUAUAAACGUAUCCGUUCCAAAAA